AUGCCAACUGCAGCAGCAGAAGGUUCCAGCGAAGGGUCGUUCGGAAGCAAAGAGGCGGCGGAACUCGUCGCUAGCGUGCGAGAUGUGUUUCGCAGCGGUCGCACGCGAUCUCGCGAAUGGCGGGAGACGCAGCUGCGAGGGAUCGAGCGGCUGAUGAUGGACGAGGAGGAGGCGAUCUUCGCAGCGCUCGCGAAAGACCUCAAGCGAAGCCGCGUCGAAAACGUCCUCUGCGAGACAGCGCAGGUGUACAACUCAGCAAGGCAGGCUGCGAGUAGCGUGCGGCAGUGGAUGAAGCCUGAACGGGUGUCCACCAACUUUGUCAACAUACCAGCGCGCAGUGAGAUCGUCCCGGAGCCCUUUGGAGCCGUGCUCAUCUUUGCCGCCUGGAACAUGCCCUUCUUGCUCUCACUGGACCCGCUCAUCGGAGCCCUAGCAGCGGGCAACGUGGCAGUGCUCAAGCCCUCUGAGCUGGCGCCUGCGUCGUCCGCCUUGCUGGCGGAGCUGCUGCCACGCUACGUGGACAAGGAGGCCGUGCGCGUGGUGCAGGGCGGUGCUGACGUGGCAACCGCCCUACUGGAGUGCCGAUGGGAUAAGAUCUUCUUCACAGGAGGAGCGUCCAUAGGGAAGAAGGUGCUGGCAGCAGCGGCGCAGCACCUCACGCCAGUGGCACUGGAGCUGGGGGGGAAGAACCCCGCCUAUUUUGAUAUCUGUGUGAAGCGGAUAGCGUUCGGCAUGUGUGUGAAUGCGGGGCAGAGCUGCCUCUCGCCUGACUACGUGCUGGUCGAGGAGUCUGUGGCUGACCAAUUCACCGACCACCUGCGUCGCACCCUGACCUCCUUCUACGGCUCGGAUCCGAAGCAGAGUCCGGACCUGGCGCGCAUCGCCACGCCUGGCAGCUGGGCUCGGUUGCACGCUCUGCUCUCCGAUCCAGUUACCAAGGAGCACAUAGUCGUUGGAGGGGAGACGGAUGAGGCUACCCGCUACAUCGCCCCCACCGUCAUUCGAGAUGUGCCUCUGGACGCGCCACUGAUGCAGGAGGAGGGAUUUGGGCCCGUCAUUGCCGUGAUUAAGGUGCGAGGUGUGGACGAGGCGAUAGACAUCAUCGCCAGCCGGCCCAAGCCACUGGCGCUGUACCUGUUCACAACGCACAGCACCGUGAUCGACCGCUUUGUCAAGGAGACCUCGUCGGGAGCUGUCUGUGUCAACGACACCACCUCGCAUUUUGUCAAUCCCGCGUUGCCAUUCGGCGGAGUGGGAGACAGUGGCAUGGGCAGCUAUCAUGGGAAGCAUUCGUUUGAUUGCUUCAGCCAUCGGAAGGCGGUCAUGGUGAAAGGCACCCUGCUUGACUUCCCGAAUGUCACCAUCCCCGCGGAUUUUUUCUGCCCCAUUUCGCUCGACAUCAUGCGCGACCCGGUCACCGUCGCGUCGGGGCGGACCUACGAGCGCGCCGAAAUCGAGCGAUGGUUUCGCGAAGGAAAUCGCUACUGUCCGGUUACCCGCUGCGCGCUCGAGGAGCUGCAUGUCGCCCCCAACAAAUCCCUUCGCAGCAUCAUUUCCGCCUGGUGCCUCGGGCAUGGCAUUCGCCUCUCUGCUACCCCCUCCGCCGCCGUCGGCGGCGGCGGGGGCGGCGGCGGUGGAGGUGGGCACGCGAAGGGGGGCAGCGGAGAACUUACUCAGAAUGCCGCUGGCGGAAAGCCUGGCGGCGACGCGGGCUCCGCGCAUCCCACCAUCUCCCCGCGCGGGGUGCUGACUCCCCGCAGCGACUCCUACACUGGCCGCGGAGAGCAAGCCCCGCGCGCGGAGCGUUCCGCCUCGCGCGGCGAGUCGUAUCCCGCGCGGCCCCUGACCGGGGACAGUUACGAGGCAUCUCAAAGGUCCGCGCGCCCGCUGUCGGGGGAGCGCCACGCGGAGCCUUACUCCGCCUGCCCAGCCUCGGGGGAGCGGCACCAGCGGCGCGGAAGCGUGUCAUCCGACCGGGAAAGCGGAAACCUCAGCAGCGGCGGAAGCAGCACCACCAGCGGCGCAAGCAGCGGCAGCAUCAGCCUCGUGUCGAACAGCAGCGCCAGCAGCGGCGGGGGCGGCGGGAGAGCAGGCGGAGGGGGAGGCGGAACCGGAACCGGCGGAAAUAAUUUCUGGCGCAGCGCGUCGUCUUCCGAUCGUCCGCUUUGCCCCAUCUGGCCCGUGUCGUCCCCGCUCGCCUCCCCCACGCACUCCCCCACCCGCGCCGGCGCGGCUCUCAGUCCCUCCUCCGCCUUACCCGGCGGCGGUAGCAGCAACCCCCUGCUUAGCCCCACGCAUCCCGGCUUUAGUCCGACUUACCCCGCUGUUAGUCCGACGCACCGCGGCGCCGCGCACAGCCCCACUAGCUCCAUGCAGCUGAGCCCCACGCGCGCGCCGCUCAGCCCGCUGCCCGCGUAUCUCGGCGCGGGCGACGGCGCGCACGACUCGUGGAACGACUGGAACCACUACCCGGGCCGCGACGAGUGGAGCGGCCCGCAGCCGCGCCGCGUCGACUGGUCCGGGCCGCAGCCGCGCCAAGCGUCGCGGACCGGCGGGGCUGCGGCAGCGGGGGGAGGCCGGACGGGGUCAGGAGGAGGGGGAGCGGGAGGGGGGAAAUCGGCCGGCGGGAAAGUGGGGCCCAGCGGGCGGGGGGCUCUAGGGCCGGCGGGUGGGGGAAUUGGCGGAGCAGGUGCGCGGGCGGGGGCCCAGGGGGGCGCGGGGGGCGUCGGGGGCGGCGGAAGCAGCCAGCAGCAGCAGGUGGUGGCGGCGGCGCAGCAGCGGUUCUUCUCGGAGCGGCUCGACCGACACCAGCUGGCGCUGCUGGCGGCGUGGGACGACGACAGCGACGCGGAGGGCGGCGGCGGCGGGAGAGAGGGGGAGCGGGAGCGGGUGAGAGAGAGGGAAAGGGAGCGCGAGCGGGAACGGGAGAGGGAGCGGGAGAGGAGCAGCCAGCAGGUUUUGGCGUAUUUGGCGCACAGCAGGAGCGGCAGCAGCGGCGGCGGCGGCGGCGGCGGCGGUAGCGGGGGAGGAGGGGGAGGGGGCGGGCGGAACGCGCUGAGCAAUGCGGGGAAGAGCUACAGCGUGGGCGAGCCCGUGUCGCUCGUCCCCAGCUCCGCGCCAAUGGCUGUUGGCGGCGCUGGCGCUGCUGCAAGCAGAGACGCUAGAAUCGCGUAUGGCAGGUCGGUCUCGUCGAACCGCCUCUCCUCGCCGCAACUUGCGGGGAUCAGCAGCAGCGGCGCUGCUGGUAGCGGCGCUGGGGGGGGCGGGGGAGGGCACGCGGCGCGCAGUGCGCGGGGCGGGGAGGGCAUUCGGCAGACGCACCACUCGCACAGCCACAGCCACUCGUCGCUCUCCGCGUUCGCCUCCCCCCUCACUGCUGCCGCCGCCGCCGUCACGUUUGGCGCCAGUCCCCCCCCCAACCCAAACUCACAUCUGAAUCUGAAUCUGAAUCCAGGUGUAGAUCCGGAUCUGAAUCCGAAUCUGAAUGCCAGCGCGGCGGUCAUGAUGCUGGGGAGCAGGGGCGGCGGGGGGUCGGUGGGGUGCGCGCCCAUGGGCGCGCGGGGGGAGGGGGAAGGGGAGGAGGGGGAGGACGGGGAGGAGGAGGAGGAGGAGGAUGGCGCAACAGGGACGCUUAAGCGGUGGGCUACUAACCCCACUGAUAGGUCUGGUGGCUGUAUGAGCAGCAGUGGCAGUGUGGGCGGCAGUGGCAGUGUGGGUGGCAGCAGCAACAGGAGGCCGUGCAGUGGAGGAGCGGGUGAACCAGGCUCGGCGGUCUCCGAAGCAGAUGCUGCUGCGGCUCGGGCGGACCAGGAGGAACAGGUUCGGGCCAGGCUUCCGGACCUAAUUCGGCAAAUGCUAGGUGGCAGUGCGAGCGGCAGCAGCACCAGCACCGAGGCGCCCUCAACGUUCCUAACCAUACAGCGGCGCAGGGCAGCCGAGGAGGUUCGGCACCUGGUCCGGGACUCCCGAGGCAAUCGGGCAGCCGUGGUGGCAGCAGCGGGAGGGCGAGCCAUCCCGGCCCUGCUCUCUCUCUUCCAAUGCGGCGAUCCCGAUACUGUAGAGCACGCGGUUACCGCCAUUCUCAACCUCUCCCUCUCCUCCUCCACUCACUCCCAUCUCAUCUCCCACGGCGCUGUCCCCCGUCUCGUGACUAUCGUGACAGCUGGCAACAGAGACACGGGCAUGAACGCCGGGGCGGCAGACCCGGACAUGCCGCCGAGCCUCUCGCCUCGCUCCGUCUCCCGAACCGCCCGCGAGAACGCCGCUGCGGCCCUCUUUGCGAUCUCGGCGUCGUCCGAAACGAAUAAGAUCCUCGUAGGGUCGACGCCAGGUGCCGUCACGGGAUUGGUCGCCAUGCUCGCCGUCUCCUCCUCCCCCUCCGGCUCCCCCAACUCCAUCCGCAGCCGAAAAGACGCCGCCCUCACCCUCUUCAACCUCUCAUUGGCCGAGAAAAACCGGGCAGCAAUAAUUUCCGCCGGGGCAGUUCCCCUAUUGGUGGAGAUGCUGCAGGAGUACGGGUCCGGGCUGGAGGAAAAGGCUACCGCUGUGCUGGUGAACCUGGGGAAAACCGGGCGGCUGGGGCGGGCAGCGAUCCGGGCGGCGGGCGGGAUACCGCUAUUGGUGGAGGCGAUGGAGUGUGGGUCGGAGAGGGGGAAAGAGGACGCGGUGGCGGCGCUGCUGAUGCUGGCUGAGGACCCCGCAUUGAGGGAUGAGAUUGCUGCUGAGGGGGUGCUUCCGACUCUGGGGGUGCUGCAGAGCGCGAGUGAAGGAGAGUGGUUGAUGAGAGGGGUGGGCGUGGGGGUGGGUAAAGGUGCUGAUGCUGCUGCUGAUGCAGUAAAUGUCCUCUUUGGAAUGAAGGGUGUGUGCUGCCCACUGCCCACGCUGGGUGCUCUGCAGCGCUGUGGGUCGCCCAGAGUGAAGGUGAGAGGGGGUGUGCAGGUAGGAAAGAAUGGGAAAGGGGAAUGCUUCAAGGAAUGCGCAAGGGGAAUGGGUGGCGGGAGGGGCAAGGGGGAAUGGAUGAAGAGAGGGGUUGGGCAAGCGGGAAUGGAGAAAAAGGAAUGGGGAAAGGGGAAUGGGUGGGGGGCUGGGCAAGGGGAAACGGGUGGUGGGGUGGGCAAAGGGGAAUGGAUGGGGGGAUGGGCAAGGGGGGUUAGGCGAGGGGAUUGGGUGGGGGAAUGGGUAGAGGAAGGAAUGAGCAAGGGAAAAUUGGCAAAGGGGAAUGUGUGGGGGAAUGAACAAGGGGGAAUGGGCAAAGGGGAAUGUGUGAGUUGUGAUUGA